AUGGCAUUGUCUGAAUCCCAAAUACCACCCGACGCCCAGCAUUAUUUGGUGUGUGGCACUGAAGACUGUGAGAAGAACUGCCAGUUUUACUGCAAUGACUGUCACCAACCAAUGUGUGAACAAUGCAGAGAUGAACAUCAGAAGAAUAAGAAAACCAAGAUCCAUGACGUAGCCUCUUACAGUGAACGCAAACGACAAAUUCCUGUUGAGAAAUGCAAGAUCCAUCCAACAAAAGAAAUAGAUCUUCUCUGUGAAGUAUGUUGGAUUCCAAUCUGUUCUAAAUGUACAGGCACUAAAGAACACCGUGGCCAUGUGUUUACCGAUCUAGAAAUGGUUUUCAAUGAAAAAGUUACACUUUUUCACAAAGAAAUUGCUAAAAUACAAGACUAUUUAAAUCCUACAUCUCAAGAUUUGAAAACGGAAAUUGCUAGAGAUAUCACAGCAAUAAAGGAGAUCAUGGACGACAUAAGAGCAUCCAUGAGGGCUGAAGCUGAUGCUGUGAAAAAAGUGGUAGAUGCAGUCAUGUCAGAUAAUAUAGAACAAGUCGACAAAACAGAGCAGUCAUUGUUACAAACAUUAAAUGAACAAGGCCUAGAAAUAGAUGACUACAGCAAUUAUCUAAAUAGUUUAACCAAAACACUUUAUAGUUACCUUUCUCCUUCAAACAUUCAACAAUUAUCAUUUGCUCUUAAAUUAGAAAACUUGAUUAUACGACCCAUACCAGAGACAUCCGAAACAGUUCCACCUGUAUUUAGCGCUGGUCAAUACAGCAAGGAAGAUGUUGCCAAACUACUGGGUAGACUCUGGGUCAGUGAUAGUAGAGGUAGUCUUGUCCGAACAGAUCUAAACAGGAAUCAGUAUUUGAGAAUACGAAGCAGUGGUGGAUGUGAAGGUUAUCACACAAUAACAACGGAUGGGGAACUAUUAUAUACAGACAGAGACAAAAACGUCAUCAAAAGGGUAACAAAACAUAAUGAAAUCAUUGAAUUUAUUAACACAGGAGACUGGGAAGCGCUCAGUGUACACUACUCCAAAAUAAAUGGGGACAUUUUUGUGGGGUUGAGAAAGGUUCGAAAAGGGAAUGUCAUCAGAUACAACAAGACAGGAAAGGAAAUACAGAACAUACAGAUAGACAAGAAAAGACAAAAACUCUAUGAUAUACCUCACUAUAUCACAGAAAACAUGAAUGGUAAUAUCUGUGUGUCAGACUAUGGCAAAGAAGCUGUAGUGGUGGUGGAUAAAUUAGGACAACACAGGUUCUCCUAUACAGGUCAAGUGUCAGGGUUUGGUCCCUAUGGCAUUAGUACUGAUGUUCUUGGGCACAUUCUGGUUUGUGAUAGUGUCAGUAAUACAAUUCAUCUUCUGGAUCAGGACGGUCAAUUCUUGUCUCAACUACUCACAGAAGAACAAGGGAUAGAACAUCCCCGCAGUGUAUGUGUUGAUAACGAAAACAAUCUCUGGGUGGGACAACUCACAAAUACAGUGACAGUGUACAAGUUUACACAGUGAUCAAUGCGUAUGUUGUUAAUGUAUUGACAUAUGCAUCUGGUUUGAAGUACUGUAAAAGUGGUUAUUUAACCUGGUGGUUA